AUGGGUACCAGCAGAAGCCAGAGGAGGAAGAAGCAGCAGCAGCAGCGCCAACAGCAACAGCAGCAGCAGCAGCAGCAGCAACAGCAGCAACAGCAACAGACACCGCCACAGGAUAUGGCAACACCGCCGGCAACAACUACACCACCCAUACCAACACCACCAACACCGGCAACACCACCAGGUAGCACUGAACCACCACCAUCCACUCCUGUCAAGUCACCAGUGGAUCCACCCUCAGUACACCGGCUACCUGUGGUCCCCCCACCAUCCUAUCAACCCAGUGAAUCAUCUACUGCAUCCUCCAACCUUGCCAACCAUGAUACCACCAUGAUCAGCCAACAGCUUGCACAACUGGUGGAAGCAUUGCAACAACAGAAGGAGGAGACCAAGGAACGCCAGACUGCUUUUGAGCCAGGCUAUCCCAACAACAACAGGACAUCAACCAGUCCAGUGUCUCCAUCCAUGGCUUGGUCCACACAUUGA